AUGACACUGGAAGUAGCAAGGGUGGAAGCAGAUGUCGCUUCAGGUACAUUUCUAGUAAAUAAUUUUCCUGCCAAUAUACUAUUUGAUUCCAAAUUUGAUUACUCCUUUAUACUGCAUAAAUUUGGUAGAAGAAUAGUGUUGCCUAUAGAUGAAAUAGAUAGUGCUCUAGUAGUAGAGGUAGCUAGUGGAAAAUUUGUCCUUGUUAGUGAUUGCAUUAGGAAUAUCAUCAUCGAAUUGAAUAGUUAUAAAUUCCACGAGGAAUUGUUGCCCAUUGAGUUGAACGGAUUCGACAUAGUUUUAGGAAUGGAUUGGCUUAAUGCGAACGAUGUCGACAUCAAGUGUAGAAAGAAGAUUAUGGUGAUCAAACCAUCUGGAAGUGAACCAUUUAUGGUGUACAGGGACAAACAUAGAGUAAACUUUGGGAUCAUCUCCCUGAUGAAAGCCGGAAAGUGUAAAUCAUCCCAAAAAUCAUGA